AUGACACGGUCGAGUGUCCAAUUUUUGAUUGAAAAUUAUGAUCCAUGGGCGGAGAGAACCUAUAGCUUUGAUGUCUUAAAAUGUUUAUCGGAGGCCAACAAAGAUACUCGCUCUAUUGAAUCUUCUCGUUCUGUAGAAUCUCACUCGGGUUAUCUAGAUUUUUUUCUUUGUAAUUUAAGAAAACGUUUGAUGCUAGACAAGGAAUCUUUGCUUUUCCCAUAUAUGUCCGAACAAAUACUAACAUUCGAUCCUCUGAUACUGCCGCAAUUAGGAUCCUUCAAAACACCUGCUCCUUGGCGACGUUUGAUAUUACUCAAUGGAAUGGCGAAUACGGGUCAUUGGAACUAUAGCAACAAGCACAAAAAUGUCGAUGGUUGUGAUGUUCCACUCAAAGCCAUAUCGCGAUGGAAGACCGGACCGUUCUUUGGUGAUAACCCAAAAUCUGCUCAUCGUCAUCUGAGACUUUCUACCCUUACUGUCUCAAUUUUCACCUCUAAUGAUUAUAUAAACACCCUUGAUUUUGCUCAUGGGCCUUUCGAUCCAUUCUACACGAUUCUUAUACUAGGGGCAGACGAAUUCUUUAUUAAAAGAAAAUCAAAGUACAUCCUCACACAUGAUACGGCAAUUCAUGCUGAGCUGGAAUGCGUUGAACUGGCGCUUUCUUUUGUUAUAGAGAGAUGGAAGGGGCUAAACGUUCCCUUCCGCGAACUUUUGGAAGAAAAUUUCCUAGACAUUGAGCAAUAUUCCAACUUGCUUUUUGACGACGAGAGAUUCACUCGCUCUAGAAAGUAUUUCUGGGCCAUUGGUUGUUUGACCGAAAUCGAUAAUGUCUUAUCUGAUAAUAUCAAGCAAUGGGAGUUAUAUUAUAAGGAACACCUGCAGCCAUUACUGGAUGACGAAGAUACAAAACACCUAUUAGAAGCGGCAUGUCUGUAUCCACCAAGAGAGCGGCAAACAUUUAGAGGUGAUCAUAUGCUCGAGCAGCUCAAAAAAACAAUCCAACAAGCGCAAACACAAGUCAACACCCUCAAAGAACUACGCAGCGAUUUCAGUAGAAAGUUGGAAACAACAAAGGCUUUGCGAGAUGGGCUAUUCAAUGCCAGCGCACUGGUGGAGAGCAGGGCGUCCACGAGGCUAGGAGAAAACGUCAAACUUUUGACGUAUGUCAGCAUAUUUUAUUUGCCUCUCGCUUUCUGUGCGGCGCUCUGGGCCAUUCCAAACAUUCAGCAAAGCUCUACGAAAGUGCCAUUCAUCAUCACGGCGUGCAUCGUGGGUGCAAUAACUUAUGCAAUUGUCCUUAACAUGGACUUCAUAUCGCAAAAGAUUGACGCCAAUUAUAACCCUCAACGACAGAAAUUGGUGGACCACAUACAAAAAGACAAUAGCGAAUGGUGGCAAGAAACCGGAAAGAGAUUCGAAGUGUUCAAACCAACGAGCGAAAGCAAGGUUCCUACAGAAUGGUGCAUACCUAUCUAUUUGAUCAGGAAAAUCUUCAAACGUGGCUCUUGUACAAAAAAGGCCAGUAGGGAAGCUGAGAAUAGCUCAUUUGCGUGUUCCGAUUCCGAUUGCUGUUCCCAGUACGGCUCAAUCGAGAGAAACUACAAACGCUCCAAAUUCAAGAAUGUGUUUGCGAGGCUUCGCUGGGGCAGAAAAUCCGGAGAUGCCCCUGUUUGA